AUGGAAAUUGAAGAAAAUCCUGUAAUUAUAUGCAAUUUUAUUAAGAGUUUGUAUCAAAGAGUAACUGAAAUUCACAAUGAAGUAAUUGAACAUGAAAAUUCAGUUCCUAAAUGUGAAAUAUGCUCGGAAAAUGUUAAUGGAAUCACCUCAAUCAAAAAUCAACUUGUUUUCAUCAUGAAAAUUAAUGUAAAAAUAAAGGAAGAAGACAAUGCAACUAAAGAUAUUCUUGAGGAAGGUAAUUUAACAAGAGAACAAUGUAAAGUUAUCAAAGAAGAACAAGACUAUAUUGUUGAAAACAGCGAUGAAUGUUGUGCAAAUUUUGUUGCCAUUGACGACUUUACAGAUAGUACUAGAGACGGCAAUAACUCAAAUUAUGCGUCAUUUUCCAAUACUAAAGAUCAUUGCAAAAGAUCGAGUAAUAAGGAAAAUACUUACAAAAGAUCUUUGAACAAAAGUAUUCCAGAAAUGGUUAAGAAUAAAAUAUUCUAUGAAUGUGCACUGUGUAAUACAAAGGUAUCUAGAAAAUGUCAUCUUGCUCUUCAUAUGAAAAGUCACAUGAAAAAUAAACAAGGAUCAAGAAAGAGAAGGCACAAAGGACAACAUUCGAAUAAAGAAUCGGAGGAGAAUAAAAAAUGUCCAUUCUGUGGAAGGAUGUACAAACGGAAACACGAUUGUAAUUUGGUAGAACCAAAAAUUGUAAACAGCUUUUCCUGCAUCUACUGUCCGGCGACUUUUUCCACAUAUCCAAAAAUCUAUUUUCAUCAUAAAGCUCAACAUCCACAAAACCCAAAACCUCAAUCGCCGUUUCAGUGCGAAGUAUGUGGGAAAUUUACAAUCCAGUUAUCUGCCUUGAGACAUCACAUGAAGACACAUACGGGAUAUACGCCACACGAAUGUAAUGUAUGCCAAAAGAAAUUCAGGACACGACAUCAAUUAACUGAACAUUUGCGGAAGCAUAUCCCAAAGACGGAAAAGGAUGAUAAGUACAAAUGCAAUGUAUGCCUAAAGAGAUUUACCUUUAGGCAGUCACUAAAGAAACAUGAACGUUUGCAACAUACAGAUAACAGGAAGUUCUUCAUUUGCAGUCUGUGUGGAUGGAAAUUCAUUUGUGAAACAUCCCUACAAAAGCAUUUGAUAACGCACAAUACUGAAAAGGUUCCAUCUUAUAAAUGUGAAUGUGGGAGGAUAUUUGAGAAGUUAAAAUAUUUAAAUCAGCAUCGAAAAAUCCAACACAAUAUACUAACAGACUUAAUGUUAAAUCGUAAAACUGCAAAAAGGGAAUAAAAGGUCUCUUUAGCUCAAUUAUAUAAGGAAAUAAAAUAAAUAUUGUA